UGUAAUUCUUUCGCUUUCAUAUAACUUCCACUGUAGUGUUCUGUUUGGUUCGCAUUGCGUUAUGGAUAAUGUUUCAUUCACUUUAAGGAUUUUCCUUUAUUUGUUUUAUUUUUUUUUCGAUUGGUUUUUACUUCACACCUACUUGUCGCUGUUGAUGCUAUAUGCAUCGAGCCAGACCCUGGGUUCCUCUUCGUCACCUAUGUCGAUGAGGGGUGGUCUAGGGGAAGGUAUAGCAGUUGGUGCUGGAUGGGGAGCUGCUGAUGCUAGAGGCUGGUCUAGGCGCUGUCACUGGAUGCGGGGUGGAUGUUUUGUCUACACGUGUGAUAAGUCGCCAAGGUAUUGGAAGUGGAUUUAUCGCUGUUCGUGCGGCUGCAGAUUCUAGAGGGAAUUGAAGGACUCUAUAGGUUCCUUCUGAGUGUACGAUGGGGUCCUCGUUCUGCCAGGUUGCUUUUUGUCCUCGAUGUCUUAAGUGCAGAUUUUUCUUAUAUUGAAGGUGAAGUAUAUAUCUAAUGAUGAAUAUGAGCAAGCAGUGCAUUGAUGUAAGUAAACUCGACUCAUUAUUCUGUUGUCGUAUAUAGAUAUAUAUUUUUCAAAUAACUUCCAUUGAUAAGUUUACAUAUGUUUCGUUUAAUUCGGUAUUUUUAAUUUUGAGUGAUCUUAAGUGAGGUAUUUUUAAUAGUAGGAUAAUAUGUAUAUUGAGACAGAUUUUUUUUUUUGUGAAUACUUGAGAGAAUACUUGACUUUCAGCUUUUAUUGUUGUUUUUAUAUUUUGAUUCUUGAAAAUUUCCGAUUUAAUUUGUAAUUUCUGUUUGUAGCUCUUCAUGGAGAGUUCUGAGGAAGAUCAUGUGGAACCGCAGAUUUCGCAUCGUUCUUUCCAUGAGGAUUUUUGAAUCUGUGGUACUUCGGUAUGAGGAUAACCUAUGCAUCGUGUUGUUCAUCUGAUCAGUAGCAGCUUGCAUCUUGCUAAUAGUCGUCUGCAUUUGCCGAAUCUUCUCGCAAAUAUCGGCCGAUCGAGUGUUCAUCGUAGAUACUGUUGAUGAUAAUGGUGUUGUUGAUGAUGCUGAUACUGAUGCUGAUGCUGUUUGUUGUUGAUGUUGAUUCUGUUAAUGAUUUGUGAGGUCAAUUGCCAGUUAUUCAGGAGGGUAAAUGGGACCAGGACAGUUGAAACAUGUUCAUUUAUCACAACUGAUACGGGUGGUUCUGAAUCUGGAAUUUUCCUGAAUGAUUUCAUGGCAGUGUACAUUGGUUCAUUGUCCUGCUGAAUGUUUAUAUUCUCUCUACGAGGUUUGUACAAAAGUAGAUGAGUGAUAGACACGCAACAAGCGCCUGCGAGCUGGAGACUCCAACCAAAGGCGUCAUGUAAGGUAAAACCAUGAAUAAUAAGAUUUAUCAAUCCAAUUAUUAUUUGAAUAAUUGUGAUAAUCCCUAUAACAAUUGAUACUGUAUUUCCGAAAAUUUUAAGGCUGUUCCAGGCUUUUUGAACAGCUGAUUCUGUGAUUUCUUCUAGCAUUUCCCGAUCUAAUAGAUGUCUCAUCGAUAUUGAUCCAGUGGGAAGUUGAUUUCCACUGGCAGCACGUGCCAUAUUGCUAACUACUACAGGGGUUUCAGCUUUUGUUAAUAGUCUGUCGCGGAGUUUCUCCAUAUCUUGUUCGUUAUAAAUUCCCGAUGUUCCGAGAUUUUGAAGCUUCUCAUAUUCCCAUUCAAUUGGUUUCAGGGGAUUAAGAAUCAACGGUGUAGGAGCUUUCAUCAAGUCUGGGUUUAGUGUGUACCAGUUUUCGUCUAAAAAAAAUACGGAUUUCUCACGUCGGAUGCAGGGCAAACUGACCAUGACUCAAUUGCAAGGAUAUUGUGAAACGUUGCGAUAGUUCUCGUGGGAUUCCGAAUGGCAAUAGCCCCAUAAGAAGCCAUUGGUUAUCAUUAGAAAUCUCGAAAGGGAAGUCGACAAGUCACUUCACAGAGCCUCAAUGCAGGCAUUGGAAAUUCCCGAGGUUGCAACUCAAAUGGAAACACAGAUGGACUCGAAAUUAUUAAGGAAAACAGCCGAGAGGACCGCAGAUAAUAUUGAAAGAGAGGACGAUGAAGAUGAACUCGAGAUGAGUUGUUCCGCCUUGCGCAUGCGCGACAGGCCCAUUUCUGGCUGUGGAGUAUUUUCGCAUCACUCGUGUGUGCUUCGCCGAAUCGUUACAAUAUGUGUGUCCACUUGGUAGCGUAACAAUCGCAGUGUAGACAGUGGUGAGGUGGUUGUCGCUCGCUCAACAUUAUGCGGACCAGCCAUAAUAGUAUAUUUGAAUCUGCGAAGAAUUGUUUCGACAGGUGGGGUUAUGUUACCCAUGGUUAUGUUGCAUUGCAUUCCAGUGGAGGACUUAUUCUAUUUCAAAAGUGGUAUAUUCGUUAUAAUUAUAUCUAAUUCUAUUUGGUUUUCCUGGAAAUCUUUGUGGGGAGAUUAAGGAUUAUGGAAUAUGCAAAUCGUAUAAUGUUCUUUGGAGAUGCUGACAAUUUUGGAAGUUGGAUCCGUAUGUCUUGCUAUGUUUAAUUGUUUCUAUGUAUGGUGCUCAGGAGCUUCACAUGGAUGAUUGGACAAUUUUAUAAAAAGGGCAACGAGUAUUUUGGAGUAUUUAAUCCUGUAUUUUUAAAAUGUAAUUUAUCGUCGAGUGAGCUGCACAUAUUUUUAUUCUUUAAAUUUAUCGUUGUUUUUUAUUGAAAUAAAGUUGGUUCAUUCGAUCAUUA